AUGGACGCCGUUUCCACGGCUAGCCCGAAGCGGAAUGCUUCCUCGGGUGAUCCUGGCUCGAGCGAUGCUAAUAUGAACAGCAAGCCUGGCACCACGGUAAAAUCGUUUGCCGAGGCGCUGGCCGUUGCCGGGGUCGAGCCGGAUUCACCCCCAAAUACAUUGUUGAAUACGACCCAGGAGCCUCGCCCGAUCGUCGAUAUCGAGCUGCCGGAGUUCGACUGGCGUGGCCCCAGGGACGAUCAGUAUCCAGAUAAAGAUUCGCAGCUGUGCAUCGAUCCACGCGACUUCCAGCAAACCGUGCGACCCCUUCCGGAAUUCAAGCUUAAACGAGGAUUCGCGCAAAAUGCAAUUUUGGAUGCUGAGGAGGAUAAACGUCAGGCUCGUCGCCAAAAGAUGGAGAAAGAGCGAAGCGCACAAGAAGCUAUGGCUGCUUUACAAAAAGGGAUGGCUGAUGCGUUUGAAGAAUACACGCAUCAUUGCCAGGCGAUAGGCAUCUCGUCUCAGGCUCGACGGCGCCGCAUGGUUCUACAACCUCUAAUAACC